AUGGUGGGCCAGACCGCAGCCUGCAAGGCCAUCGGCAUCAUCCUCCUGGCGUGUCAGCCCGGAACCGGCAAGACUGCCAUUGCCAUGGGCUUGGCCAAGUCGCUUGGUCAGGAGACCCCGUUUGCCAUGCUCGCCGAUAGCGAGCUCUUCUCACUGGAGAUGUCGAAGACUGAAGCCCUAACCCAGGCCUUCCGCAAGGCCAUCGACGUGCGCAUCAAGGAGGAGACCGAGGUCAUCAAGGGAGAGGUCGUGGAGAUCCAGAUCGACCACCUUGUCAUCGCCAGAGCAGCUUCCAAGAUCGAUAAGCUGACCCUGAAGUCCACAGAGAUGGAGACAGUGUACGACUUGGGCGCAAAGAUGAUCGAGGCGCUGGGGAAGGAGAAGGUGCAGAGCGGAGAUGUGGUGGCCAUCGAUACGUGA